AUGUUCACCACAUUGUCAUUCCUGCAGGGAUGUGCUGGCAGAGAAGGUCAUCUUGGGUUUAAAGGAGAGAAGGUAAAGGAAUAGAUCUCUGGUGAAAUAAUUGUUUGGAACAUUUUUGAGUAAUGAUGAAUAAGAAUGACUUAUGGAUGUAAUAUUUUUGGUAUGUGAACGUAUUUCUUAAGUCUGUGUUGUGACUUGCAGUUGGUUGAGCAUCAUCACUCAUUGUCAUAGACUGCUCUGUUAUCUGUGAUCUCAGGGUGUCAGAGGGCAGGAGGGCAGUAGAGGUGAGACAGGCCUCCCAGGUCCUCCAGGCCUCCCCACCCUCUACCUGUGGAGGAACACCCAGGUGGACUGGACUUCCUUCAGGGUAAGAUUCUUUCUGUCGUUCCAGUGUCCACUGUCCACCUAUCUCACAGCAGCCUGCCUGGGAGUGUUAUGA